AUGGAUAAUGAAUCUGUAACCAGUGAAAUCCCAAAACAAAUCUCACCGGUAAUUAAUAGCGAAUUUGACAUUGAACUGGUCGGCACUGAUAGCUGGUCAUUUAGGUUGUUACAUUCUUUGGCGAUUACGUGCCUCGGAUUGAGCAUCUUUUCCGCCCUGUACGUGAUCAUAGCAUCAUCCAUGGACAGAGGCUUGAGACAGUUUUUCACCUGGACCAAGAGUGACCGAUUUGUUUUCUACAUGGCAUGUACUGAAAUCGUGCUGGAUAUCACCCACCUGUUGGAUCAUUCGCAGAUAUUAAUCACGCGAGAUCACGUGAGACCGGAAAUGCUUUGUAAAGCUUAUGGCUUUAUCAUCAACUCUCUCGUGUUGACUCAAAUCUUAACUGUCAAUGUCAUCGCAGUAACCGUUUUUCACGUUAUUUGUCGCCAUAAGGAUAUCGAUAACGGUUCAAGUGACUGGAAAAUGUUUCUUUGGAUAUUCGGAAUGCCAUUGACGUCAUCUGUUGUAUUUGCCGCCCUGGGACAAUUUGGAACAAAUGGAGGUUUCUGUUUAUUUGACAAUGUUCGAGGACGAAUCGGCAAUCUCAUCGUUUCUGUACCAAUGAUUCUCAUCCUAAUAGCGAACACCACCUUGUAUGGCUUUACCUGGUGUCGGGUACGGAUAGAAAGUCGUGCUUUAGAGGCAUCACUUGGUCCUACUGUAAACGCUUCGGCCAGGUCUCACCGUGUUGCUCGGAACAUGUUUCUGUUUCUGAUCGUGUACUUUAUUCAGUGGUGGCCAGCAUCCAUUCUAAGUAUUCUGGUACUGUUUCCGAACCCACCAGUGCAUAUGAUUUACUUUGUGACCACCUUCUGUAACAUUGGCGGAAUUUUGAAUGCUGUUGUGUACUUUGUCAUCAGAAGGAGACGGGACCUUCCCAGUGGCCAACAAAUCGCAAAGGCUUAG